AUGCAAGGAAAGGAACUGCAAACUGGAUCUAAGGAUCUACUGUCAGAAUCGGCUAAGAAACAACGCAGUAUUGAUCGCCUGCUUGAAAACCUAAAGUCAGACGACAGCGCGGAUUGGUGCACCGCUAUUAUUGCCAUGGAGGAGCGUGCCGCCGCUCGAGAGAUGGAUUAUCGCCGAGAGCUUGACGCACAGCGUCGUGCGGAUGAAGAACGCCGAGACCAACAAGAAGCACGUCGUGAAGAGCGAUUUCUGGUGCUGAUUGCAGAAAUUAUUAAAAAGCAAGACUAG